AUGUACCAUGCACUUCUACCGAUUUUUCCUGAAUCUAUAUCAGAAGGUUCAGUAUAUGACAACGUUGUUUCUGAAUCGUGUGAGAGAACAUUCGGGUUUUUGCGUUUGUCUGAUUUCAAUCAAACGGCUAACAACAAUCGUUUAUCACAGUUCAUUCAACUUUCUGACAAGUCAUCAAAAAAGGCAGUAGCGCGAUUUAUCAUUGAAGCCUAUCAACUUCCUCUUCCUGAUCUCAUUCUCUCAAUCCAGACGGAUAAUGUCAAUAUCAAGAAACGAGUUGACGAUAAUUCUGACAUUAAUAACGAAACCAAGCAUGCAAUUCAACGUGGUUUAGUUGAAACAGCAAAGAUAACAAAUGCAUGGGUUAUGACAAAUGGCAUAGAUCACGCUAUGAAUCGUCUAAUAGGAGAAGAAUUGCGUAGCAACGCCUCUCAAGAUGAUAUUCCUUGUAUUGCAUUUUACAAUAUUCCAAUAGUUAUAUUACUACUUGGUGGCGAUUUUACAACACUACGUGCACUAUCUCGUUACUUGCAGAAUGGCACACCAGUUGUUGUUGUUGAAGUAUGA